GCCUUUGACUUUUCAUCAACCUCAUCCGCAUUUUCCAGACUCCAAGUCUCCAAUACUAUUUCCAGUCAACUCUCCAAACUCUACAAAAAUGCCUCCCUCUCUCCUUGUGAUUCUUCAAUCUUGGGAGCAUAGUUUCUUGACUCUCCUCCAUUUUAAUGGCGGAAUCGGGCGGCAACCCCUUCUUCAGCUGCAGAAGUUGCCGUAAUCCUCUUGCUCUUCGUGACGACCUCAUCUCCAAGAAAUUUGUGGGGAAAACUGGGCCGGCAUAUUUGUUCUCUCAUGCAAUGAACAUCAUUGUGGGACAAAAGGAGGACAGGAAGCUCAUAUCUGGUGUUUUCUCAGUUGCUGACAUCUAUUGCAGCAACUGCGGUGAGGUCUUAGGUUGGAAGUACCUUCGAGCUUAUGAGCCGACACAGAUGUACAAGCAAGGGAUGUUCAUAAUCGAGAGGGCAAAGAUUUCUAAGCAGUACUAAUAAUCCACCACGAUGCAUGACAAGAUCGGGGUCGUGAUCCCUUUGCUCUAUAACUUCCGCUGUGUCACCCCCAUCACAGCGCAUUACCUACUACCGACAAUAAUUCGAUUUUCGAAGGUCUACGAUCAUUUGUGGAUAAUAUGUGCUUCUUCUUGUUGGUUCUCUGCAUAUGUUGCGCAGAAACUAAUGUGUGUUAUAUUUCAUAUGCUUUAUGCAGUGGAUGAUUUAUCAAUAAGAAUAAGGUGAUGUUUUAUA